AUGAGCAAAGAAUGCCAGACUUCAGGUAACGACACACAGUGCUCGCCUUGCCGUUCAGGCACAUACAAUGCCAAAGAAAAUAAAGAUACGGCAUGUCGCAACUGUAGAACAUCCUGUCGAGAUCAGAAGAAAACAAUAGUGAAAAAGUGCUCUUUAGCUAGUGAUAUUCAAUGCGAUUGUUCAGAUAACUAUUAUCGGGAUUGGCAUUCACUUCAAUGUAAAAAAUGCACAUCUUGUAUAAAAAAGGGCCAAGUAUUGGUAUCUCGUUGUCAAAAACACAAGGAUGCAGUAUGUAAGACUUGCGGCAAGGUAAGAAAAUAGCUGUAGGCUGCUUUUAUGUGAUCGGGUUCAUGUUGUUAAUUCUCUGUUUUCACUUUUAAUACAGAAAGUCUAGAACCUGGGAAAUAAAAGAAGCCUCGCCAAGGAAUCUUUGCGAUAUGUUGUAUGCUAGGUAUUAGGAAUUUUACCAAAAUUUAUUUAGCUUUGUAUGACAGCACUACGUUGGUGUCCCUUUGAGGGGCACAAAUCUGGCCGCCAGAAACCAACAGAAACAUCUGUCUAAUUUGAGUUUUCCUACAGAUGCAUGUAUUCAUUGCUUGAGGAACUCAUGAAGAUUAUUAGUAAUAUUUAUUCUGAGACAAGGAAUGUCGGUAACAUUUUUAACCCACGUAAGAGCUUUCCUGGCAAUUUGUAUAAACAAAAGUGUUUAGGUUGUGUAAUACCUCAUGAAAGUAGAAACUCAGAAGAAUCAAUAGUUUCUUAGUUUGAAUUUUGGUGACGUCCUUGUGAAAACCGAGAAUACAGUAAAUGGUUUGAACUCAGGAGUGAUUUACAACAACUGAGGAUUUCUUGCACACCGAUUCAAGGCUGUGCUUUCAGAGAGCACAGACCUCUGAACCUGUGAAAUCCAGGGUCACGGUGCAAAGCAUAUGAUUUAUAUGAAGAAAGUCGAAGAUUUUCUAGUGACUUAGGAGCAAAAGUUCAUUGGAGCCACCGGACACUGCUAGCGGACAGCCUUGCGAUUGGUCGAGAGCUAUAUUGGACGGUAAUAUGAUAAAUAUAUUUGGACACGAGAGAGAAAAUUUUGUAUCUGGUAAUGUUCUAUUUCUUAUGUAUAAACACCACUGAAAUACCAAACCAUUUCACAUAUCUCGUUUUCUUUCUGCGAAAGGUGCGAUUUAUCUUGUUUUGUAGCCAUAGCACGUGCAAAGAUAACAUGUUAUUUUUUCAUGUGAAGAUAUCAUGUUGUCCAUUUGCAGUUUUUUGUUUUAAUUUGUGGUUCUUCUGCAACUGUCUUUAUGUUAUUAUCUUUUCAGGAAAACUUUUUAUCAAAUAAUAAGUGUGUACCAUGUGAUCGCUGCCAUAAAGGAGAGUUUGUGGUGGAGGAGUGUUCGCCAAAACGAAACACUGUUUGUAGGAAACGUGCAACAAGUACAUGCCCUCCCUCUUCUCCACAUAUUAACUCUCAAGAACCAGUUACUGGGACUAAGCGUGUUGAAAGAGGUACUGUACAUGCCAUGUAAUUGUUACAAGACAAAAUUAAAUUCAGGUUAAUUAACAAUUAAUGAAUGAGGCUGAGUUUCUUAUGAAGAAUUAUGGAGAUCGAGAAGGGUGUUAUCCGUCGAGGCCGUAAACCGAGGCAGAUAACACCCUCCGAGAUCUCCAUAAUUCUUCAUAUGAUACGAAAGCUGAAUUCAAUAAUUGUUGUAUUAUUCACGCAAAACAAUUCCUAGUUUAAAAACAUGGCUAAAACAUGCUUACCUCCAUCGAACCAUCGAUGUUAAGUUCAUCUUCGAUAGUGCACGUUUAGGGUUGUUCAGCUCCGCAAAUAUUCUCCAAACAGCAGAUGUAGCCCUUCGAGUUGUCUUCUUGCCGUUCUUGCCAUAUUUUUAGCUUUUAUUACGCCUAGUUUUUACUCUUGAAACGAGUUUAUUGUCUACCUUAAUUUUUUGUUUUCACAACCAAAACUACUCAACCUCGUCCCCAUGUCGUCUCGGUUGACGGUGCAUUAACUUGCAAGAAAGCUGCACUUUUGACGUCAUCGGUUCAUUAAACGCAAAAUUCUUCCAAGUUUGGUCAUCAGUAGUUGGUUAUGGUGAAUUAUGCGUGUGCUUUUAGCCAAUCAGAAUCGGGGAAAUAUUUUGAAUGAAUAAUAACAGUUUUUAAUCUUGGUUGAUUCUUUAUUUUCUUUGUCUCCUUUAGAAGAGAGUCCAAAACGUGUACAUUGUCUUGUUGAUUAUCUUAUAAUCAAAGUUUAAAGAGAAUUUUAUCACCCAGACGCACAGAAAAAAAUUCUGGGCUCACUUAUCCAUAGUAAAAAAUUCUUUCCAAUGAUUGAUUCAUUACUAAAUCAAGAGGUUGAAAAUUUCAACCAUUAAAUUCUUUUAAGAAAUGUAUGAACACCAUCCCUGAUAGUUAGUGCAAACCAAGUCUUGACUGUUUUCCUGUUGGUCAUAGCACAUUAGAGUUUCUACAACAAAAGAAAUAAGCAUGUCUGAUUGGUUAGAAUUGAGUACACCGAAAAGAGCCAUAUGCCACUCUCAGGAAUUUGAGGAGACCAAAGAUGUGGUACUCUUGGACGGGAAGGGUUACGAAUCUCAGCCAAUUCCAAAAACUACCAGCUGCUCUGUAAACUUGUAGUUUUAGUUUUAGACUUUUACUGCAGCUUUUUGCUGCCAGGACUUUGUAUAAAAGUGUGAGAGUACUUUUUUCUUGCCAUAAUUUGCUUCAUGUCCUUUCAUUGAUAGUUGUUAUAAAAAGGAACAAGAGAUUAUGAAGGGGACAGAGAGGGCAUCCCCCAUAUACACCCUAUUCCAUAGGUAAUUCGUCUCGAGUUAUUUUUAGAAUCGGGAUAAAGUUACCUCGCGCGAGACGUGGAUGUUUCGUGGAGGUUUCGCAUGACCAAACGCCGUGCAAAACAUGUCGGGCGAGAGGCAAUGAAAGCGUAAAAAGAUCGAGAGCAUUCCUGAAUAUUGAAACGAAAUGAGUCGGCUCUCACCUGGGAAAAAGGAAUCGCUGGACUCUUUGACAACCCGUGAAAUCAGUUUAACUCGAAGUUGUCGUAACCUCAGUGCUUUAAUAAAAUGAGAAAUUUCGCCGGUCUAUUGAAACCGGUCUUUUGUACAAUUUAGGGAGUUUAAGAUCCAACGACGCGGACGACAACUAGAACGUCAAAAAAAAACAAUAGGUUUAAUUAGCAAAACAACAACUUCGCACGUGCAACACACUUUUUUGUUCAUUUCUUUCCCCUUUUUGCACGACUACGACGUGAAAAUGCGUAAUUUCGCGUUUUAUGGAGGACGUAAAUAAUCAACGACGAAAUUUUAUUUCUCUUUCUGAGCUUGAAUAUGGUCCCUUGAAAUUCAGCUUUAGGAGGGUUCGCCUAUAAUUGACAAAGUAAGUGGGUAGGAAUAAUCGCUAUAAAGACUGAAAAAAAUAAACAUAAGACCAGAAAUUGCUCUCUUUAAACUGUAAAUUAUAAAUGAUCCUGAGAGAAUAUUCAGUGUGUUAGGGAUUUCCCUGCUCUACUGUUAGCUCUAUACAAGAGAGGAAGGGCGAUUCUUUUUUAAUUUCGGUUUCGCUGACACAGCUUUCGCAGAAAUCUCGCUGUAGUCGUUUUCGUCGACAAAAGGAAUAGCAAAAUCGCUCUCCGCGUCUUCCCCCAUUUUGUUCUGCGUCAUUUCGUGACGGACGCGUGGCUCUCAGCGUGGGUCAUCCACGCGGAACACACUUGCGCUAUGUGAUUGGCUGUUGUCUAAUCCCCCUUGAGAUCUGUGGUGUUAAAAAUAACUCGAGACGAAUUACCUAUGGAAUAGGGUGUAUAUGGGGGAUGCCCUCUCUGUCCCCUUUAUAGUCUCUUGAAAGGAAUUAAGGUGGCUCGACUGGAUUUUUUGGGGUUGAUACCUCCCAAGUUUGAGCAUUAACUACGUCGGCAUGAGUAAAGAUAUCGAAAAAAGGUUACCACAAUUGUAUUACAUAAAGAUGAAAAUUUGUUAAGAUCUGGGUUUUAUUGCAAUGGGAGUCGCCAUGGCAACAUAAUGAUGCCAUUACGUUUUUCAUUUAUCCUUGUGUUUCUCUGUACCAGGAGUUUUUUGAAGAAAUCGCUUAAGGGAGUAUGUACCUACCAUAAUUGCCUCCAUUAUGGCAAAGUUUAAAGAAAUUCUAUGAGAGCGUUUUCGAAAUAUUUUGAAAUACACUUUUAAGAAUCAUAAAAACAGUGAAAUAGCAUGCUAGCCGCUCAAUUCGCUAAUAUAUUAAGAAAAUGAUAAGCUUUGGGAACGCGGCUUCAUCUCAUAGUGGAUUGAUUCCAUUGAAAACUGCAUACAAAAAAAGAGGGGAAUUGCUCUGGGCGAUCGCGAGUAAGAAGAAUUUUAUUAACUUGCAUUCAGCUGCUUUUGAUACAGUUUUUGGAGGUAAUUUGGUCCAUGCCUAAGAAUUUCGCAUUUUUCCAAAAACCGCUCGAUAAAUUUUUUUAUAAAUUCGACAAUUCCGAGAUCAAUCGUCAAGAAAUAUUCCCUGCAAGUUUCAAGAACAUUGAAAACCGGGAAGGCUUUUAAAUAGGGACUCAAACAUAACCAAUUUUCCCCCCAGAUUUUGUGUUUACAAGUGAGCGUCCUCAUUAUUCACUGGCAUUGUUUUCAAGUUUCAUAUGCACGUGCACAACUAGCAAAAAAUAUAAAUUUGCAUCAAAAAGAACUCUCGAUUACUUUCCGAAGAAAUAUCCGGUAUAUGCUGAUAAUUGGCUUGUCGUCAGAGAUAGCAGUGAGAGCCGAAACGGUGAACGUCUCGGCUCAUCGUGUAGGAUGCAAUACUUAAUUAUCUUACUCGGGUUAUAACAUCACAGAAACUCUCACAAAGAGUUGCUCUGAUGUUAUAAUGUAUCACUAACCUCUUUACCCGGUAAUUAGCAUAUCCCGAAGAUUUAACCGAGGGUCCUUUUUGAUGCAAAUUCUAUCUUUUUGCUAAAUGUGCACGUGUAUAUGAAACUUGAAAACAAUGCCAGUGAAUAAUGAGGACGCUCACUUGUAAACACAAAAUCUGGGGGGAAAAUUGGCUAUAUUUGAGGCCCUAUUUAAAAGCCUUCCCUGUUUUCAAUGUUCUUAAAACUUGCAGGGAAUAUUUCUUGACGAUUGAUCUCGGAAUUGUCGAAUUUAUAAAAAAAUUUAUCGAGCGGUUUUUGGAAAAAUGGGAAAUUUUUAGGCAUGGACCAAAUUACCUCCAAAAACUGUAUCAAAAGCAGCUGAAUGCAAGUUAAUAAAAUUCUUCUUACUCGCGAUCGCCCAGAGCAAUUCCCCUCUUUUUUUGUAUGCAGUUUUCAAUGGAAUCAAUCCACUAUGAGAUGAAGCCGCGUUCCCAAAGCUUAUCAUUUUCUUAAUAUAUUAGCGAAUUGAGCGGCUAGCAUGCUAUUUCACUGUUUUUAUGAUUCUUAAAAGUGUAUUUCAAAAUAUUUCGAAAACGCUCUCAUAGAAUUUCUUUAAACUUUGCCAUAAUGGAGGCAAUUAUGGCAGGUACAUACUCCCUUAAGCGAUUUCUUCAAAAAAACUCCUGGUACAGAGAAACACAAGGAUAAAUGAAAAACGUAAUGGCAUCAUUACGUUGCCAUGGCGACUCCGAUUGCAAUAAAACCCAGAUCAUAAGAAAUUUUCAUCUUUAUGUAAUACAGUUGUGGUAACCUUUUUUCGAUAUCUUUACUCAUGCCGACGUAGUUAAGGCUCAAACUUGGGAGGUAUCGCCCUAAAAAAAUCCAGUCGAGCCACCUUAAUGUUCUUACUAAUUUAUAUUUUGCAGUUGACCUUAACCCAAUACCAGCCAAUAUUAAAGCAAAAAAGAUGUCUCAGUAUGAGAUUUGGGCGUAUCGUGCUGUCAUAAUGCUAUUAGUGUUGAUCAUAUUAGGCCUGGUUCUUCACAAGAAAAUAAAGUUAUGCCAAACGAUUAAAACUAAAGUCAUCACCCUGAAAAAAUGCUCAGGUCCAAAAGGUGAGGAAGCUUUUACAACUUUGAAGCAUUUAAGCUUUUCAAAAAUGUAAAUGUAAAUGGCCUUUUAACUCCAUUUUCUUAAGAUCACGUGAUCAGUCACGCCCAUAAUUAUGCAAAAUUUGGACUUUGCAGAUUACACCACGGUAGUGAAUGUGAACACCAUCGUUUUUCCUUCCAUAAUGUUUCAUUUACAGUCAAUAAGCGGAAUUGAUCGGGGAUUUGUGAAAUGGUCAAUUCCUUCGUAAUUAUUCGAUAUCUUUCUCUCGUCCCAGCCUCCCUCUUAACAAGAAACGUUAUAGUUUAAAAAAUGUAGAUAAUUUAAGAAAACUCCGACUAAUUCCAAAAAAACUCUGUGACAAUAGUCAUUGACAAAAAAUAAAUUGAAUUGCAAGUGUUAUUUAAAAAGUGGUGUAAAUUUGGAUUGAAAUAAAAAGUCAAAAACGGGUGUGGCAAGUCACGUGACAAAGAUAACACAUUAGUAAUAAUGAAAGAUGAAUGCUUAUGGAGAGUAGAUUUUAAGUUUAAAAUUUUUGUGCGAAAGGUAAAAUCCCUACUAAAACAGACCACCCUUCACCAAAUUUGCAGUGCCCCAUUCCUUAAUUCACCAGAUGAACUUAAAAUAAGUGGGAAAUAAAGAUACUCCCUUUGCCCUGUUAACGGCUAGACCUUCGCGUGACAGGGAUGACCACGUAAAAUGGCGGUCUCCUGUCUCCAGUAGGAGACAUAAAAAUAGUGUCCCCAAUUAGUACUUCCGUGCUAAAUACAUUGACACUCAAAGAAAGUGCUUUUUUUAAAGUGGUACAACGGAAUGAAUCUCAAAGUUGCCGGGAACAUUUACUAGAGCUUAGAGAGAAGGAGAAACAUAUACAGAACAUAGAAAGACAGGUGAUGGAAUUAGAAGAGCAAGUGAGAGAGAAAGAUGAGCAACAACAAAAUACACAAAGCCAUCUGACCAUUUUUCGAGGUGAUGGAGAGAAAGAGAGUGUUAACUUCCAGAAACAGUUUCAUUUGAAGCUAAAAGAACUUGCAGAUUUGGAAAAAGAGCUGAGAGAUUGCGAACAAGACAAUGUUGAACUUCAAAGGGAGCUUUCCACAGCUAAAGAAAAAUUAAGCAAAUGUGAGUCCCUGUUAACGACACGUGAAUGGUUGAUUUCUCGAGACGAAAUUGAAAUUAUGAGCGAAAAAUUCCUAGGAGAGGGGGGCUACGGAAAGGUUUUUAUAGGCAAAUAUCGUGGUUUUGUCGUUGCUGUAAAAGCACUUAAGAGCUUGACUUUUACUCCACGAGAACGUGAACUGUUUGAAAGGGAAAUGGACAUUGCUUCAAGGUGCCGUCAUCCAUGCUUGUUACAGUUCAUAGGUGCAACUCAAGGAGAAUCACCUUUGUUUGUGACGGAGUUGAUGGAAUUAAGCUUGCGGAAAUUGUUUGGGAAACGUCGGCUAUGUGGAAAAGAAAUCACUACCAUUUCGUUGGACGUAGCUCACGCCCUUAACUACCUUCACCAAAGAAAACCCAAAGCCAUUGUUCACCGUGACGUUAGUAGUGCUAAUGUGUUGCUAUGGAAACAAAAUGACCAAUGGCGAGGAAAACUGGGAGAUUAUGGCACUGUUAAAUUUCUGCGAGAGAUCAUGACUGUAGAUGUUGGGGCUAUGAUUUACAGUGCACCCGAAGCAGGAAAUCCUUAUAAUCAAACAGUCAAGGUUAGUUUCUUGUUGUUAGUGACAGAAAAACUCGACUGUGAUGUCCAGAAUGAAUUUACUUAUUGUUCCCGGAAACUAAAGAAUGUAUUUUGAGGCGAGCGCGGGGUUAAUUCUUAAGGGAAAUUCGAGGAACGGAUUGAACAGAAGGCAAAGGAGAAUGCAUUAUUGCCGUCAAAGCAGUAACAACAGCAACAAAAUACUUCUUUUGCUGUUACAGAACCUCGUUUCAAACUAACAUUAACUUCAUGGGUUAUUGCAUCCUCGGAGACCCAGGGGCAGUUCAUCGCGCUUUUUCUUCCGACCCAACUGACGGUCCCCAAGUCUACUAGGAUGGGGUUAUUGUGGAGAUGAAAUAAUCAGCAUAUCACGAGAGUAGGACAAAGAAAAAAUCCGAGUCCCCGACAGAAUUCGAACCUAUGACCUCCCAAACCCAGUGUGGGCGCUCUAUCCACUCGGUUCUACGGAGAACUCAUGGAGAGCGAGGCCAUAUGCUAGGUUCAUAUUUAUUAGUUAUUGUUGCAAGAGAAAAUUUUAAAUGGUGUUUGAACUUGAGCUCUUCUGCUGUGAAAGUUAUCCAUCAAGUCACGUUUGCUGUACAACGACUAGGGACCUUGCGAUCCGACAACGGCGACACCAAUGAAAAACUCGCUAAAAAUGGUCUUCGCGUACUUCGAAACCUCCUUAUACCAAUUUACCCAGUUACUUGAAAGUAGGAAAGUUAGGCUUGAACUAAAGAGAAACACAGAAAAAUUUAUCGCCUUACCGCACCCUUUCUCAGGUCAACCAAGAGAGAAUGAUCUAGCUCAUUCUCUCUUGGAUCAACUCAAAAUUUAGUCAUCUCACGUCGUAGUUAUGCAGGGAGGGCAAAGAAAUCACAAAAAGAGUGAUGCACGUGCAGAGUAUGUUCCGGAGAGGUCUGGUUCCGGCACUGAAAACUAAAAGCUUUGCAGACCCCUCAAAUACCGCAUCUUUGCACACACAAACGGUAGGAGUUGUUUCAAGUCGUAAGAAAUUUGUGGAAUAAUUUUGAUUUCAUGGGCUUUUCUUUACUUGAUUUUUUUUUUUGUCUAAAUGGUGAACAGAAAUCGGUGUUUUACGACAGGUAGUCCAGGUACAACUGAAUUUAGGGCUGUGUAGGAUUGAUUAGGGCAAUGUCAAUCUAUUUUCAGGGAAAGGUGAACUAUGCUUUUUUUUUUUCGUUUAGAUUGAUGUUUACAGCUUUGGCAUCCUCUUCUGUGAAAUGUGCACAGGAAAUAUUCCAGUUUUGGAAAGUCGUGAAGAGCAAGUGAGACUUGUCACAAACAGGGAGUUUGGUGGGUUGAUACUGUGGUGUAUUGAAGAAGAUCGAACUAUGCGGCCCAACAUGGAAGAGGUCAUAAAGAAACUUGAGCAGUUCCAAGCAAUUUCGAGUUACAAUUGUUCAGGAACGGUCGUAUAGAAAAGCAUUACUGAAAACUUCCGCUUAUGACCCCCCCUGGUUAUAAAAAGUAGGCCCAUUUACCUGUAAACAAAACUACAUCUGGUUCUAAGCCUUCCGCCCCGUGUGGCUUAUAGUUUAAGGUUUUGAAAGACUCUCUCCUCAUAUAAAUACCUUUUGCUAAGCGAACGAGUAAUUUAGACUGAGUAGUUUCUACUAUAUUGUAUAGUAAUUUAAGAUAACAUUAUCAGCAGAACGAUGAACGAUUACAAAAAUUCGCAUUCAAUUUCUGUGCGGACGUAACCUGUUAGCAAAGCAACCUGGUCCCCAGGGCGCUUUUCCGCCCCACCUCCAAAGCCAGGGAAAAGUGCCCUGGGGACGAGGUUUCUAGCAAAGGCUUCUUUUCCCUGGUAUUCAGGGUGUGGAAAUGGGGUUCCUGAUCCCACAUUCCCACCCCUUUUUCGCGAGAAUCCCGCAUCCCGCACAUUUUUCAUCAGUUUCCCGAAUCCCGCUUCUCU